GGACAUGUGAGGGAGCAGUCGGGGGUCCCUCACGAUGCCCGGGAAGCUAAAAGUUAAAAUCGUGGCCGGGCGCCACUUACCGGUGAUGGACAGAGCCAGCGAUCUGACAGACGCCUUCGUGGAGGUGAAAUUCGGCAACACUACGUUCAAAACUGACGUCUACCACAAAUCCCUGAACCCACAGUGGAACUCCGAGUGGUUCAAAUUCGAGGUGGACGACGAGGACCUUCAGGAUGAGCCCCUGCAGAUCACGGUCCUCGACCACGACACGUACAGUGCCAACGACGCCAUCGGCAAAGUCUACAUCGACAUCGACCCGUUGCUGUAUACGGAAGCAGCGACGGUCAUAUCCGGCUGGUUUCCCAUCUAUGAUACAAUACAUGGAAUCCGAGGGGAGAUCAGUGUCCUAGUGAAAGUGGAUCUCUUCAAUGACUUGAAUCGCUUCAGACAAUCUUCUUGCGGGGUUAAAUUCUUCUGCACUACGUCGAUCCCCAAAUCGUACCGGGCCGUCGUCAUUCAUGGGUUUGUGGAGGAACUGGUGGUGAACGAGGAUCCCGAGUACCAGUGGAUCGAUCGGAUACGGACCCCCAGAGCGUCCAAUGAAGCAAGACAGCGGCUUAUUUCAUUAAUGUCAGGGGAGCUGCAGAGGAAGAUCGGGCUGAAGGUGCUGGAGAUGCGGGGGAACGCAGUGGUCGGGUACCUGCAGUGCUUUGACCUGGAAGGGGAGUCGGGCCUGGUUGUGAGAGCCAUCGGCACUGCCUGUACCCUGGAUAAACUGAGUAACCCGGCCCCGUUUGCUCCUUCCUGUAAUUCUCCCUGUAAAGAAAUAAAGGAGGCUCCCUUCAUUGAAGAGCUAAACCCCAAUACUCAUUCAUCCGGACCCUCCACCCCUCUGAAAAACCAAACCUAUUCCUUUUCACCUUCCAAGUCCUUCAGCCGACAGUCCUCCUCGUCAGACACAGAUUUGAGUUUGACUCCCAAGACUGGAAUGGGGAGUGGCAGCGCUGGAAGAGACGGCGGGGCAUUUAAAGCCCUCCUGAGGCAGCAAACACAGUCGGCACUGGAGCAGAGGGAAUUCCCCUUCUUCACCCUGACGUCCUUUCCGCCCACCUUCCUCGUCCAUGUUGGGGGAGUGGUCAGCGCCCGAUCGGUUAAACUCCUGGACCGGAUCCAUAACCCCGACGAGCCGGAAACCCGCGAUGCCUGGUGGGCAGAGAUCAGACAGGAGAUUAAAUCUCACGCGCGGGCGCUAGGGUGCCAUGCUGUCGUUGGCUACAGCGAGUCUACCAGUAUAUGCGAGGAAGUCUGCAUCUUGUCCGCCUCGGGCACAGCCGCAGUUCUGAACCCCAAGUUCCUGCAGGAGGCGUCGGCCGAGGGCUGUUUGGAGCAAAGGAGUGAGGAGACCUCGCCCACCCCCUGCGCUUUCUGCCACAUUCCCUACGAUGAGCUGAACAUGCCCUUCCCGGCCAACCUGACCUACUGCUGCGCCUGCCGGAAGCAGAAAGUGCCCGACGUUCUCUUCACCACCAUAGAUCUGCCCUCCGAUGCCCCCGUCAUAGGCAAAGGCUGCCUGAUCCAAGCCAGGUUGUGCCGCCUGAAGAAGAAGUCGCAGGCAGAAGCCAACGCCACGGUGAUCAGCAGUUUAUUGCCCUUCAUGGAGUACGAGUUGCACACCCAACUCAUGAACAAACUGAAACUGAAGGGCAUGAACGGCCUGUUUGGCCUCAGGAUCCAGAUAACGGUGGGAGAGAGCAUGUUACUGGGCCUGGCGUCUGCCACAGGUGUGUAUUUAUCAUCGUUACCCACCCCGGGGGGCAUUCAGAUCGCGGGGAAGACCCCCAGUGAGGGGUCGUAUGAUCAGCACAUCUCUCACAUGCAGAAAAAGAUCAAUGAAACCAUCGCCAAGAACAAGGAUCUGUACGAGAUCAACCCCCCUGAAAUACUAGAGGAGACGGUGGGGUCUCCCAUCCCGGAGCCGAGACAGCGCACUAGACUGCUGCGCUCCCAGUCCGAGAGCUCCGAUGAGGCGGCGGAACUGGAUUUAUCCCACGGGAAGAAGGACGCUUUUGUCUUGGAGAUUGAUGACACUGACGCCAUGGAAGAUGUGCACUCUCUGCUUACGGACGUGGCUCCUCCUCCUGGGUUCUACAGCUGCAAUACGGAGAUCAUGCCAGGGAUCAAUAACUGGAUCCCCAAUAUCCAGAUGUUCUCGUCGGUGCGAGUGAUCCGGCUGAACAGCACCAACCUGACCAAUCAGACUCUGAAUAAGAACUUUAAUGAUCUCUGUGAGAAUCUGCUCAAGAGUCUUUACUUCAAGCUGCGCUCGAUGGUGCCCUGCUGCCUGUGCCACGUUAAUUUCACAGUAGCCGUGCCCGAGGAGGAGUCCAUACAGGUUGCCGUAACCGCCGUCGCCAUCACGUUUGACAAACAGCAGGCGCUGCAGGUGCCCAAGCCCCGCCCAGAGAAGCCGCAGCCCAGAGGCUCAGACCCAGAGGAGCAGCUUCAGUU